AUGGCGCUCACUCGGCCUGGCUUAGCGACUCUAGCUCGCUAUAAGCGGCACCACAAGCUGAAGGACAAUAUUAUGGGCGUUACACGCCCUGCUAUUCGCCGCCUUGCCCGACGUGGUGGCGUUUACCGAAUUCGCAAAGAAAUAUACAACGAGAUCCGCAAGGUCAUUAAAGAACGUCUAACAGAGAUCCUCAGACACAUCGUGCUCAUACUCGAUUCGGCUCGGACCCCGAGAGUCGAUAGGAAGAUGGUCACGACGCAGGAUGUUUGCUACGCGUUGAACCAAAUGGGAAGCACAAUAUACGGGUUCUGA